UAUUCCGUCGACCUUGCAGGACCACGAGGACGAGGACGAGGACGAGGACGAGGACGAGAUCGACCGACCCCCGACAGACGUCGUACCUCGGGAAUACGCCUCCGUUCCCCCGCCGCUCUUCCGUGCCUCGAUCACGAUGACCACGCAGCUGUUGUACGGUAUCGUCCUCAUCGCCUGCGACCUCCGGGUGGUCACCAGGGGUGCGGCGAUCUCGCCGAUCGGAGUGGACGCGUCGUCGUUACGCCUCUACGAUCCCUUCGUCGGCGACGCGCGGGAGCCCUUCGGGUACGGAGCGAAGCGCGACACGGACAGCCCGGAGGAACCGGACUCCAAGGAGCGUCGAAGCAACGUGGGCUCGUCGUUCAUCAGGUUCGGCCGUAAUCACCCGCGCGACGCCUACGCCGGCGAGAGCGCCUUUGAGGCGAGGUCGCCGCGCGGCAGGUCCGACAACAUCAUAAGGUUCGGGAGGUCGAGCCCGAAGGUUUCGCGCCACCGCGCCGCAAGGGGAGGCGGCUUCGAGAGGAUGCUCGAGAGCGAGUCCUCCGCGUACGCUCGUCCGGGUCGCAAGGUCCCGUUACUCCCGUCGAAGGCCGAAAUGGCGAUUCUCUGCCCGAAUCUGUUGGUCGAAGAGGGUGCCCGCGGAAGCGAAGAUUUGCAAAUGUAUCUCGCCAGGAUCGUCUACGCGUGCAACGACCGCGUCGGCAAACGUGGCAAGAGCGACAAGGACUGCAACGACGACGACCGCGACGACCGCGACGACGACGCCAACGACGACGGCGACGACGAAGAGGACAACGGUGACGACCGCAACAACAACAACAACAACAACAACAAAAACGUCGACAACGUCAACCGCAACACCGACGUCAACGAUAACGAGGGCAACCUGGCUAACGACGGACUUGGCAACGAAGGAAACACGCACCGAGGCAACCUCGACUUUCUCAGAGGCAACGGGGCUGCGACUCGAGAUAUCGCACGCGGUUUUACAAUAUAGUCAUCCAGAAUCGAGCCCCGAGGUGAUCCCACGCGGACGUACAAUUCCGACGAUCCGUCGGCUGCGGGUAGACGCGUUUCUCGAUUGAACCGCAUCGAUCCAACCAUUAAGCGACGAUCGAAUAAACCUAUAAUGUAUAGCGUAUACGCAGUGUAUGCAUAAUAGCUUUUAUAAUUGCGCUCAGAUUUUUAUGGUAUACGUAGUUAUGUGGACACUCGUCACACCUGUAACCUUCGGUGGGGUGUCCGAUGCGCGACGAUGUUCUUCCGAUAUUAUACCUCCGCCGUUUCAAUAAAAAUUGCCACGGCGUUAUCCCCUCAGCUUUUACACCGGCGAAGCUCUCGCUACUGCACAAAUGUCGACGACGAGCCCGGCGGACGGUGAUCGUUGUCGUUACCGUUGUGCGUAUCGAAUUGUUGUAUCGGUCGCUUGUAUCAGGUACACGUACAUUGUACACCUCCGUUCGUGCGGAGGGGAGAAUUUUUACUUUUAAAAACCAAUUGAAUAAACAUUCACCUCGGAACCAUGUGUAAGCAACGCAA